UCAGUCCCUGUGAACAUGCCUCUGGAAGGUUCUGUGGGGGUAGAGGACCUUGUCCUCCUGGAACCCCUGGCCGAAGAGUCCCUGAUUAAGAACCUUGAGCUCCGCUACACACACAAGGAGAUUUAUACCUACAUUGGCAAUGUGGUGAUCUCAGUGAAUCCCUACCAGCAGCUGCCCAUCUACGGCCCAGAGUUCAUUGCCAAAUACCAAGACUAUACCUUCUAUGAGCUGAAGCCCCACAUCUAUGCAUUGGCCAAUGUGGCCUACCAGUCCCUGAGGGACCGUGACCGAGACCAAUGUAUCCUCAUUACGGGCGAGAGUGGCUCUGGGAAGACAGAGGCCAGCAAGCUGGUGAUGUCUUACGUGGCGGCCGUCUGCGGCAGAGGGGAGCAGGUGAACUUGGUGAAGGAGCAGCUGCUUCAGUCCAACCCUGUGCUGGAGGCCUUUGGCAAUGCCAAGACCAUUCGCAACAACAACUCCUCUCGCUUUGGAAAAUACAUGGACAUUGAGUUUGACUUCAAGGGCUCUCCACUGGGUGGCGUCAUCACUAAUUAUCUGCUGGAGAAAUCGCGAGUGGUGAGGCAGCUCCAGGGAGAGAGGAACUUCCAUAUCUUCUAUCAGCUUCUGGCAGGAGCCGAUGCGCAGCUGCUGAAGGCCCUUAAGCUCGAGAGAGAAACAAGCAACUACGCCUACCUGAACCAGGAAGCGUCCAGUCCAGGGGGCAUGGACGACGCCUCCAACUUCAGGGCUAUGCAGAGCGCCAUGACGGUGAUUGGGUUCUUAGAGGAGGAGAUCCGCCAGGUGCUGGAGGUGACAGCUCUGGUGCUGAAGUUGGGGAAUGUGGUGCUGAUGGACGAGUUCCAGGCCAAUGGGAUCCCAGCAAGUGGCAUCCGCGAUGGCAAAGGUAUUCGGGAGAUUGGGGAGAUGAUGGGUCUGAAUUCAGAGGAGCUGGAGAGAGCUCUGUGCACGAGGACCAUGGAGACCAGCAGGGAAAAGGUGACCACAGCCCUGAAUGUCACCCAGGCUCAAUAUGCCCGGGAUGCUUUAGCCAAGAACAUUUACAGCCGCCUCUUCAAUUGGAUUGUGAACCGCAUCAACGAGAGCAUCAAGGUGGGCUCUGGGGAGAAGAAGAAAGUGAUGGGGGUGCUGGAUAUCUAUGGCUUCGAGAUAUUACAGGAUAACAGCUUUGAGCAGUUUGUGAUCAACUACUGCAAUGAGAAGCUGCAGCAGGUGUUUAUAGAGAUGACCCUGAAGGAGGAACAGGAGGAGUACAAGAGAGAGGGCAUCCCAUGGACAAAGGUGGACUACUUCGAUAAUGGCAUCAUCUGCAACCUCAUCGAGCAUAAUCAGCGUGGUAUCCUGGCCAUGCUGGAUGAAGAGUGCUUGCGGCCCGGUGUGGUCAGUGACACCACUUUCCUAGCCAAACUGAACCAGCUCUUCUCCAAACAUGAUCACUAUGAGAGUAAAGUCACCCAGAAUGCCCAGCGCCAGUACGACCACAGCAUGGGCCUCAGUUGCUUCCGCAUCUGCCACUAUGCAGGCAAGGUGACAUACAACGUAAAUGGCUUCAUUGACAAGAACAAUGACCUACUCUUCCGAGAUCUGUCCCAGACCAUGUGGAAAGCUCGGCACCCACUCCUGCACUCCUUGUUCCCUGAGGGUGAUCCCAAGCAGGCAUCUCUCAAGCGCCCCCCGACUGCUGGAGCCCAGUUCAAGAGCUCUGUGGCCAUCCUCAUGAAGAACCUGUACUCCAAGAACCCCAACUACAUCAGGUGCAUCAAGCCCAAUGAACACCAGCAGAAAGGUCAGUUCUCACCGGAGCUGGUGACAACCCAGGCUCGAUACCUGGGUCUGUUGGAGAAUGUACGAGUACGACGGGCAGGCUAUGCCCACCGCCAGGGGUAUGGGCCCUUCCUGGAAAGAUAUCGACUGCUGAGUCGGAGCACCUGGCCGCACUGGAAUGGGGAAGCCCGGGAAGGUGUGGAGAAGAUGUUGGGGGAUCUGAGCGUGUCCCCCCAGGAGCUGGCCUUUGGGAAGACAAAGAUCUUCAUCAGAAGCCCCAAGACUCUCUUCUACCUGGAGGAGCAGAGGCGCCUGCGGCUGCAGCAGCUAGCCACACUCAUACAAAAGACGUUCCGGGGCUGGCGCUGCCGCACCCACUACCAGCUAAUGCGCAAGAGUCAGAUCCUCAUCUCUGCUUGGUUUCGGGGCAACAUGCAAAAGAAACGCUACCAGAAGAUGAAGACAUCAGCAGUGCUGAUCCAAGCUUUUGUGAGAGGGUGGAAGGCCCGCAAGAAUUACCGAAAAUAUUUCCGCUCGGGGGCCAGCCUCACCUUGGCCAAUUUCGUCUAUAGGAGCAUGAUGCAGAGAUUCCUCCUGGGGCUGCGGGACAGUCUUCCGUCUGAUAAGGUGUUGGAUCACAGGUGGCCAACUGCCCCUUACAAGUGCUUUGAGCAGACCAACCAGCAGCUGCAGCAGCUCUUCCACCAGUGGAAGUGUAAGAAGUUCCGGGAUCGCCUGUCCCCGAAACAGGUGGAGAUGCUGCAGGAGAAGCUGUGGGCCAGUGAACUGUUCAAGGGCAAGAAGGCUUCCUACGCCCAGAGUGUCCCUGUUCCAUUCCGUGGUGACUAUGUGGGGCUGCAAGGGAAUGCCAAGCUGCUGAAGCUGAAGGGCCGAGAGGAAGGGCCUAUCCUGAUGGCAGAGACUGUGAGGAAGGUCAAUCGUGGCAAUGGCAAGAUGUCAUCUCGGAUUCUCCUUCUGACCAAAGGCCGUGUGAUUCUUGCUGAUGCCAAGCAGUCCCAGGCCAAAUUUGCCAUCGGGUUGGACAGCGUGGUGGGGGUGUCGGUCAGUGGCUUCAAGGAUGGACUCUUUGGCCUGCACCUGAAAGAGACAUCAUCCGUGGGCUCCAAGGGGGACCUGCUGCUGGUCAGCGACCACGUGAUUGAAUUACUGACAAAAUUGUUCCGUGCCGUGCUGGCGGCCACACAGAGGCAGCUCCCAGUCACUGUGACUGAGCAAUUCUCAGUGAAGUUCAAAGAGAACCAAGUGACUGUCAAGGUGAUCCAGGGCCCUGCAGGCAGUGGGAAAAGCAAGCUAAGCUUCAAGAAGAAGGGGAACCACAGCCUGGAGGUGACUGUGUAGUGAGGAGACAGCACUGCACACAGGUGGCAAAUGGAUGUGGCACCUGCCAGGCGGCAAAUGGCCAAUGGCUUCCAGGUUGGGGGGACCACCUCUGUGCAGGGAGCCACUGCCCAACCCCGUAAUGGUGCACUGGGGCCUGGAGAUGGAACAACCCUGGAAGAGAUCUUGUCUUUUCCCUACCUACCUGGGGGAGCUUCCUCCCACCCACUAAUAAAAUCCCAUGACUUCUGA